CCAGACACUGAGAGACGAACACAUGUGCUGAUCUGUGAGGUUUUACUCUGAAUGGAGACGAGUGGAGUUUGAUUGAGAGAAAAAGCUCUUCAGGAGGAGGGAGAAUGUCUCUGUGGUUCCUGGUUCCCAUCAGUCUGCCUGUGUUCACACUGCCUGGAAUCUGGAUCAUAUAUGCGAUGGCUCUCUACAAUCAGCACGUCUGUCCUGUGAAUAACUGGGUAUAUAACUCAAGCUGUGAGAAGUCUUUGGUUCUUCAGAGCGGAUCUGAUCUGUGCUGCACGCUGGACAACAUCCCACUCAUCAGUAAAUGUGGCGGUGUUCCUCCAGAGAGCUGCUGGUUCAGUCUACUGUGCAGCUCUGCUUCGUUCAUUGUGAUUGUGAUUGGUCUGCUGCGUUACGCUCAACUCAUCCAUAAGCACAGCAACAGCGUGCUGAACAUCGAGGGUUUGUUUGCUGGAUGGCUCUGUGCUGCAGGACUCAUGAUUGUGGGAAACUUUCAAGUGGACCAUGCUAAAGUUCUUCAUUAUGUGGGCGCGGGUCUGGCCUUCCCUGGCAGUCUGCUGUUUGUGUGUGUGCAGACGCUGCUGUCGUACCGUGCAGCCCAGACGCCCAGAGACUUCCAGACAUCUCACCUGCGGCUGACGCUCACCGCACUGGCCUUCAUCACCCUCAUACUCAGCGCUGUGUUCUUCAUUCAGGAGAGCUUUGUCCUCCAGCAUGCGUCGGCUGUGUUGGAGUGGAUGUUUGCUAUCAUCGUGCUGCUGUUUUACACUUCCUUCUCGCUCGAGUUUGGCUCCAUCUCUUCAGAAACCCUCGCUGCUCUGAUGACGAGACGAGCCGCUGCGUCUGAGGAGGGACGGAGACUAGAGAAAGUCUAGACGGACGUCUGACGUGUGAACAUCAGCCUAAAGAGAACAUCAGGAUUAACCUGCUGGAAAAACCUUUAGCUGCAUGACAGACGAUCUGAAUAUAAGAAUUUAGAAGAACUGUACAAUUCUUUCUUAAGAUUAACAGAGAAUCCCUUGAAGCCCUUUUCAGGAGCACAGCAUGAAAUGUCAUGUUCGUGACUGGGAGUAAAAAAUAAAGAACUGUAAAUACAUAAUUAUGGAAGAAUGUGCACUUUAGUGUGGUCAUUCAUAUACUGGCAAUAUUUGCAUUUUUCUGUCUGGAUUUAUGAUGAACUCGACUUCAAGUGCCUAAUAAUUCAGUGUCUUGAUAUUCUUGAAUCAGGCUGUUAUCAAGAAAACCAUGUGUGAGCUUUAAUUAUAUCAGAGUUGCACAAUUAUGCAUUUUAUUGUUUGCACUGUGCUGUCAUUAUAUGUACCACUUUUCUACUGGUCAGAAAGUUGUGUGAUAUUUUACUGGUUUAUCUUCAUGUCCACGCAGGAAAUAUAUCAGAUUCAUGA